AUGUGCUGCCUGCCUGUGGCCGAGGCCCGAGGAGGUCUUGGAGGCCAAGGCAUUACUGAUUUUUCCCGAGUUCGCCGCGGGCUCAAGUCUGGCUCCACUUUUUUUCACUUACCAGGGUUUGCCGUCCUGCAGAGUCGUGCUCGCAACAUCCGCUUUUACCAGCUGAAGAUAGCUGUGCAGGUAGAUGACUAUGUGCUCCUCCCGGACAUAGCGGGAGACCGAGCAGCGAUUGCCGAGUUGGACAGAGCGAACGUUGCCGCAAUCCACCUGCCCCAAUCCACCUGCCUUCUUCUGAAGGUUGUUCGCUUGACAAACACGGUCGACAAGAAAGAUGAAGGGUUCUCCCCUCAGCUCAGCUGGCACACCCGUUGCCAGUCUUCAAGUUUGCACCGAGAGGGAAAUCAGCACACGCUCGGAUCGGAGAGGGGCCGGACAGCAGAGCAGAGCAGAGUGGAGCAGAGAGGAUCCGAACCAGCAACGCCCAAAAUGACGACACUAUGCACGCGGGUCACCUGA